AUGAAAGUUGAAGCAGAAAAGCCCAAUAUUGAUCAGAAAAUUACAGAGCAUGAAGAAAAAUUAAUGAAUAAAUUUGUUCAAUGGCCUGAGGACGAAGAAAUGGAGACUCCUGAAUCUAAUAAUAUCAACCAUGGUGUUGAAGGAAUUGGUGUUAAAAAAGAUAAAUGGCUGAUGAACACAAAUGGGCCCGCAUACAUUCUAGUGGAACUUAAUUUAAAGGAAGCGGUAUAUUGGGCCAACUUUUGUGGCUAUUCUCUAAUUGCCAAUGAUCUCGCUGAUUUGAUUACGCUAAAUAACCAAAUGCAGGACAUAGUAUGGCAGAAUGAAGCUAGGCAACGAUUCAUCCAAUACACCAAAAUUGAUCCAGGAUGUAACUCUAGGAUCAUUGACGAUAAUGAUGUCUUAAUAUUACCUGUAGAUGUAGAAUUAGAUUAG